AUGUCUACCGAAGAUGUAGAAACCGUGCACGUGGAAAAAAUUGUAAAUAUUCCGCCCUUAUUUCAGCAUUUAGCGGAUUACCUCGGUGUAUCGUUCCGGCGAUUCUGUAUCGUUCUCGUCGUCCUGACCAUUAUGAAGAUGAUAUGCAAUAUCGUCUUCCAGACGGCGGUAGGCUGGUGGCACACGUGGUCCUUUUCAGCCGAUUACGAAAAUCCCGAUGUUUUCAAUCCGAUUAUACUGAUGGCGCUUCGUUCAAUUUCCUGGAUGGAUGUCGGGUUUUCCAUAUUGUACCUGCUAGCGACAGCUUUAGCUCUGGGAGGUCUACUAAAGGAUCAUGAAUCACUACUGAAACCAAUCCUAUGGGCUACUAUUCCUUUUAUUAUAUGGCGCGCGCUCGUCCUGGCCUUCUACAUUUCCGUGGCGAUACUCCGACAUCGAGAGUUGUUCCUCCUGUACAGUGGCUAUGCGGCCUUGAUAGGAUACAUUUUUGUAUGGGUAUUAUUUUGGGUAAACGAUGGUCUUUUGUUCAAAGCAUUGUUAGUGCAAUUUUGGAGGUACAAACAAGGAACUGGGCAUCCCAUGUGGGAGAUUUUAGCCGAAAGGUGA